AUGGACCCGAAAACCACCAAGUUCAAGAGAUACCAAGAAGCUGCAAGGAAGGAUGUCGAGCGAGCAUUCGGGAUUCUUCAAGGUCGUUGGCAGAUUGUUGAGCAACAAGCCCGGGCCUACAGUGUGAACAAGAUAAAACGUAUCAUGUUAUGUUGUGUGAUUCUACACAAUAUGAUCGUUGAAGAUAACGGGCGCGCACUCAUACCGUUUGAAGAAGAAUUGAUAGCUAAUACUGUCCUCCCAACCUGCACGUGGAAUGAAAGGUGUUCAACACAGCUUUGUAUGUACGAGGAGUUGCGUGAUAGAAGGACUACUCAUCAUGAACUCUGCAAUGUUCUGAUUGAACAUGUUUGGAACCUCCCGGAACGCGAUCGUCAACGUUGA